GUGGAAAUGAGAUCAGUAGGCUGUCGCUAACUUCAAUUUACGUGUUAGCCUUCAGUGACACCUAACCCAAAGGUGUAAAAGAGAUGAAGGGUGUCUUUGCAACAUGCGUGCUUCUCAGUCCGCUGUGAAAAAUGGAGCCAGUCGCAGGACUAACAAAACCAAACCCAGUCGAGGAGCUGUAGGUCAGACCUCUGAGUCCUGCAAGAAGUCCAAGCAUGUAGGUGAAAAGGAUGCUUGUCCAUCUAGACAUGGAAAAAGCAGAGAGAGGACUUACAGCAUGCAAGCAGCUCCUGAGAAAGAAGCUAAGACUUUAAAUCAAGAUAGCCGCCUGUGCAAGCAGCGUCCAGAGGAGAUGUCGGCAGCAGACGAUGAUAACGGUGAAGAAGAUCUUUACAGGGCUGCAGAGGAAAUAGAACAGGAAAGACAGGAGAAGCAGCUGUCCAAUGCAGCUUCAGUGUCUAAUUUUGAGGACCAGACUAGCGUGUCGGCUUCUGAGGGUCUGCUCUCUUACAGUCACAGGGAGUGGAAAGGAAACACAGCAAAAAGUCACCUAAUCAGAAAGGGGUAUGAAGCAGUAGCUCAAAAAUUUGAGGCACUGCGCAUAGUACGAGGUGACAACUACUGCGCUCUGAGGGCAGCCCUUUUUCAGCUUUUCAACCAGUCUAACAAACUCAGUAACUGGCUGCAAGAUGCUGAAAUAGUUGAGCUGCAGUGUGUGCAAGAUUUACUGGAAGACUGGCGAUUUCCUUUUCAGAGAAGGGAUGAUGGAGGAGCGGUGAAACAGCUGGAAUAUUGUCUCAAGUUUCUGGAAGCCAGGUGGCAGAAGGCGGUGCAGUGUGAGAGUCCGGAGCAGAGGGAAUGUUUUUGCCAGGAACUGUUUGUUGGGGGCCGAGAAGAAUAUGAGCUGCUGGAGGCCUUGAAGUUCUUGAUGCUGAAGACGGUCAUUCAGCUGCACUCCGACAUGAAGAAGGGCUCCAAUGUACCUGAGUUCUGCUGGCUUCUUUUUGCUCGGGACACCUCGAAAUGUCCCAGGAGCUUUCUCACUAAUCAUCUCAGACAUGUGGGCUUCAGCGGAGGUCUGGAACAGGUGGAGAUGUUUCUGCUCGGCUACUCCCUGCAGCAUACGCUUCGGGUCUUUCGGCUCUACAAGACGGACACCGAAGAGUUCAUCACUUACUACCCAGAUGACAUGACAAAGUGGCCCUGUCUUAGCCUGGUCACAGAGGACGAUCGACACUAUAACGUGCCAGUUUCUAAACAGGUCAAACUACAAUCAACAAAACAUGACCGGUCAAUCAAGCCUACAUGGAACCUGCCCAAGGGUGGAACAGGAAAAACUACACGUCUAUAGAUUUUAUGACUAUAGAGAAAAUCUGAAGAAAGUCACAGAUACUUUCCAAAGAUAUCUGGAAACUUCAUUAUGUCAUAUUAUUUUUCAUCCACAAUCCUUCCAACCUUUUUAUGGUUGAUUGACUUUUUUUACAUAGAAUUUAUCAUUGGUUGUGGUAAGGAGUCUUUUUGUCUGUAGUGAAAAUGACAAAUGAGCCAAUCAACAUAUGAUUGACAGAUGCGCAGAUGUUUUGAAAUCUCAGAUUUUAGCUGAACCCCCAGCCCUUCUCCUUACCAGUCAUUAUCCAUUGCUCGUCUCCUGGUGCGCUGGUGCAGGUUGUCUGCUUUUGUCACGGAAAAUGGAGAGUGUUUUUCAUUUUUAACGUGAACCGAAAUCUAUUCAGAUAUUAUCAGCCUGAUUAGACUCAGAGAUCAGACUUGUGUACAGGCUAACAUGAUAAGUUAAGGUAUUUGAUUGGGAUGCAACUGAAAGUGUCCAUUUUUGGGCAAAAAAAGGGAAAAAUGAAUAUGCCUACAAUGACACAUUGAAUGUCAUUGGUAAGGGAUGUCUCUGUACCAGUAAUCAGAGUAUGGGCACAAAGCCAUGCUUAUUACUUAGCCAUUCUGUCAUACCAACAAUCAAUACUAGUUAAUGUAACACGAUGUGGAGCUAGGUUACGAUUUGUGAUAAUAUACAGCCAAUAUAAAUUGACUGUGUAUGUAUUUAACUAAUAAUUAUGGUGAAAAUACUUUUUCUGCUUAUUGUAUUGUCCAGGGUUUAAACAAGCAAGCUAGAUUUUUCCCUCUUACCUGACCUUAUAUAAGAAGUUACCAUCUUUCAGCUUGUUGCUCAGCUCUCUGGGGGGUGUAGCUCUGCAAUGGCUCAUUUACAUAGAUGCUGAAACAGCACAUUCAGAAGAGGAGUGACAUUUAAUUUUAGUAGGAGUUUGAGAUAUUUCAAAAAUGGAUUCUCAGAGAGCAUUAACAGACACACUUUGUUAGCUGUGAGACUUUUAAAGCAUUUUAAACAUAAAUGAAGUUGAAGAAUGCACAAAACAUUUAAAUAAGCAGAACAGGCACAGUGAUGAUUAAUACCAAUAUAUAAUAAUGAAUUCUCACCAGACCUCAAGAAGUUUUUUUUUCUUUUGCACCAAGCUUUUAAAAAAUAUUAUUUAAUUGAUUAAUUAAGUAAACAUAUAAUUUGUGUCUUGCAGAAACUGAAAAUGUACCUAUCCUUAACUGAAAACUAAAUGCUGAAAUUUUGAAGAUGAAUUCAAUUCAGUGCACUAUUGCCCUUUCCUCUGUCAGUAGCUCAUAUGGAAAUGCACUUAGAAGUUCACUCUCCACCCUUCUACCCCUCUUAUCAUAAAGCACCUGUAUAUACAUUUGCUUCAGAUUUUACUUUAUGCAAGUGAUUUGUUUAAAGACUUUAUUGAAAAUGUAUUGUUUUUACAUUUCCAAAUCUCUGCGCUUUUUUCGGUUUUCUUUCUUUUUAUAUAUUUAUUUAUUUAGAAAUACAAAACAAAUUAUCUUGUUUGCACAGGUUAAGCAAUGCUAUAAUUGAAUGCUAAUGCAAAAUUCAGGGAUUAUUGUACAUAUAAUUUGGAGAAUUGUACAAAAUAUAUUUGGAGGAGAUGGGAUUUAAAUUAGAAAUGUUUGCUUGUAUAAUUGUUUGUAUGAUUUCUAUAUAUGAAAUGGUUAAGAUGUAAUUUUUCAAAAUGCCAUCUAUUUAAUUUUUUUAUGCAGUUUAAGUUUGUUAAGAACAAUUGCAUUGUUACAUACGUUCUUGCUCAAGAUAACAUGCUUUAAGAAACUAAAUCAUACAAGAAAAUUUUCUUUUUUUGUGUGUCUGAGUGUGUAUACAGCGCCCUCCACAAUUAUUGGCGCCCCUGGAUAAAAUGUGCUCCUAGGCGUCUAAUAAAUCUUUUUUUUUAUUAUUGCAACAGCAUCCUAAAAAAAAAAACAGCUACUAAGGUAAAAAAUUUUGUAGAGAGGUGGACUUUUGAGAGGCUUAAGAGUGUCUAUAGCAGAGGACAAAAUAGCAGAAAGAAGAAAUAUUCUCCAAACACUGAAUGUAAAACUAAAAGUAAACACUGCUCUUCUGUCCAAUUUGGUUUUCUUGUUCUUUUACUCCUUUUCAUCUCUCUUGGAUUGUUGGCUACAUACCAUCCAAAAGUGCAACCUAAAUAGACUGUCCUGCAAUCAUAUGAAUUGGUAAAAGUUGAGCCAUUUUGC